AUAUUCUUCAACUCAGAACCAUCAACAAGACGAUCGUCGAAAGGAUGAACCAAGCAGAACUCAAGAAACUGAAGGUUCCCCAACUGAAGGAACUUCUCAAAGAGCAUCACUUGCCGAUCACUGGGAAGAAAGACGAACUCAUUCAGCGUCUAGUCGAUCAUCAAAGCCAACAAUCACCACUGCCGAGCAACACAGUCUCCCCUCCACCGUCACCCCCACCUGUCAAAACCCUCCCACCACCAUCACCCCCACCUGUCGAAUCCCUCCCGCCGCCGCCACCACCACCACCUCUACAUGAUGAAUCGUUGCCAACACCACCGCCGCCGCCGCCGCCAUCAGAGCCUCAACAAACCCAGAAUUCAUCACCAACUCCUCCUCCCCCACCACCGCCAGCUUUAGAUGAGGAUAUUGAAAUGCAACGGCCGAACAAACGCGUGAAACUCUUGGAUGAUGAUGGAGAGAAAACAGCCCAACCAGAUCCUCAGAUGGAAGAACAACAAGCAGGUGGUGAUGUUCAAGAGGAUGAGGAGGAGGAGGAGGAGGAGGAUGAAGAGGAGGAACUAGGCAGGGCAGCAUUGGCUGCAGCCUCUGGUGGAUCAGAUCUCUACCUGGAUACGGUCAACCGAGACAUGCUCGACUUUGAUUUUGAAAGGCUAUGCUCAGUCACGCUCUCGAACAUCAAUAUUUACGCCUGUCUGGUCUGCGGGAAGUACUUCCAGGGGCGCAGUCGGACCAGUCCUGCUUAUGCUCAUAGUAUCGGCGAAGAUCAUCACGUGUUCAUCAAUCUCCUAUCAGAAAAAGUAUACGUCUUGCCAGAUGGAUAUGAAGUCUCAGAUCCAUCCUUGGACGAUAUCAAAUAUCUUCUAAACCCUACCUUUACGCCAGGACUGCUACGGAAACUGGAUGCCGGCAGUCAAGGGCCGUCCUACGACUUACAUGCUGUGGCCUAUCUUCCAGGAUUUGUUGGACUGAAUAACAUCAAGGCGAACGACUAUUUGAAUGUGAUCGUACAUCUCUUAGCACAUGUACCACCGGUACGAGAUUACUUUGUCUGUCGGUCAUCGGAAGGAUCAUUCGAACGGGCCCGAGCUUCCGAACUCGUCCAAAGGUUCGGGACAUUGAUGCGCAAGAUCUGGAACCCACGUGCAUUCAAAGCUCAGGUGAGCCCACACGAAUUCGGCCAAGAGGUUGCCACGCGGUCGGGCGGCAAAUUCACCCUGACCGACCAAGCCGAUCCUGUCGAGUUUCUAGGCUGGUUGUUAAACACGCUUCAUCGGGACCUAGGAGGGAGCAAGGCAAGCGGGCGGAAGGCGGUUGUAAAGGCGAAAGAUACCAGCAUCAUCCAUGCCGCCUUCCGAGGGGUCGUCAAGGUGGAGGAGCAAGAGAUCGUCGCGAUUCCCGACUCAGGCGAGGUCGGCAAACGGCCUCAAUUUGACAUCAACCAAGACGGGCGCCGAUUGAUCGAGUCGACGUUCAUGUUCCUCACCCUCGAUCUCCCCCCGCCGCCGGUCUUCCAAGACUCGGUCCAAAAGAACAUCAUCCCCCAGGUGAAUCUGACGACGCUGCUACAGAAGUACGAUGGCUCGAGUAAGGUCGAGCGCAGUGGGAUCCUACGCACCCACUCCUGCUCCCGACUGCCCGAGUUCAUCAUCCUCCAUUUCAAGCGGUUCGGGUCCAACUCAUUCAUCGAGGAGAAGAACCCGACGAUCGUCAACUUCCCGACCAAGGGCGUCGACUUCUCCGUCUGUCUCGGCGCUAACCAGCCCCCACAACCAGAGGGAGUCCCCUCAGAAUACCUUUACGAUCUCCUCGGGAACGUCACCUACUCCUCCACCGCGGGUACCGCUAAGGAAGACUCGCAGUGGAAGGUCCAGGUCCAUACCCGCUCUGGCGGCCCCCUCCAAUCUUCUGAGGACGAUCCGGACCUCAAAUCGCCCAAGAAAGAGGACGAGAAAUGGUUCCAGAUUCAGGACUUGAUCGUCGAAGAAGUCAACCGACAGAUGGUCUUUUUAGGCGAAAGUUAUAUUCAGAUUUGGGAAAGGAGAGCAGGAUCUUCCCAAUCCUUACAGUUCGACGACAAUCUGAACACCCUGAGGACGGCAUCCACUGCAACGAUUCCCAAGCCCGUGCCUGCAUCUAAACCGACGGAUCAACGGCCGCCCAAUGGAAGCGCUGUCAAUGGGAAAAAGUGAAUCAGGAUCUCCCAAUCAAUCCUGUUGAUUGGCUCAUCGGAGCUCGUUUCACCAUAUUUCUAGUGUGUGGUACCGAUGUAAAUGCUCGUAAGGAUUGACUAUGCAGUCAGCUCACGAUUCCUAAACCAAUCAUUUUCCAGUGAAUCUGUAUUGUUUUUAUCCUUUGUUUAAUCUACUGGGAUCACUUCUUAUCUUCCUCAUGCCCCCCCCAAAAAAAAAAACGUGAUAUAGUUGCAUCAAGCACCAUUUGCAUAAAGAAAUGUUUUUACUGACAUGACCAAUUGAAAAGGCGUGUAGCUGCAAGUUAGCUAGACAAACAGCACUGGGAAAUCAAAAACAAAAAAGAUAAAUAAAAUAAGAAACAGUUGUGAUGCAAAGGCAGCAAUUGA